AUGGCUUCUUCUUCAAGCUCAACUGCUCCAACCCAGAGUCCUCCCAACCCCGAAGGUCCUUUCUUUUCAGACUUUGGAAUCACUGAUUCAGGUGAGUUUUACGCUAAGAACAACCCAUUUCAAAGGAGUGGACCAGUAGGUGCUACGGAACGCAUUGCUAUGGCAAAGAAUGACAAAGUUACAUACGUGCGGGUAGAUAUGCCAGGUGUCCCCAAAGAAUGCCAGUACCUCACUACGUUUCCUGACAACGUUGUGUUUUGCGGAGGCUUAGCACCCAUGGUAUGUAAGGGCGGCCGUGGAAGGUUGUAUGGAGCUUCUUAUGGACUGCGUUCUUAUAAACUCAGAAAACCUCAAGUCAAUAUCAGCAACGGUGUGGCCACUGUCAAGAUGAAAGUAUCCAAGAAAUCGAAGACUGGAACUCGUUGCUCUAAUAGUCCUUCAUGGGAUGAAGAAUUGAAAAAAGAUGAGCUCAGUUUUUAUUUAGUCACACACCCAUCCGAAACCGAAGGGCCUAAAGAAACAUAUGGGGCUAAAAAGGUGAAGGAAGGGUUUUAUGUGUGGGUGGACAUGCCUGGAGCCACUAAGGAAAAGGUGAGUGUUGGCGUGGAAGAUGGUUUUGUUGUGUUCUCUGGUGAAGCUGUGAAUGAGUCUAAUCAUGAGGAGAGUGGUAGGACCUAUAAAGGUAGAUUUGGACCCUUCGAUGUGACCAAGAUUGGGGAGAUCAAAACUGAUGUGAGAAACGGUGUUCUUAGGAUGUUGAUUCCAGAAAAAGCCGAUGAGUGAUAUCAAUGAAAAGUGGGUUUUGUUUACUGCUUCUAUGUUUAGAAUUUUCAGUCUUUCUGUCUUUUGUUGCUUUGGGAUGUGAGGACUACUGAGAAUGGUAAUGCUUGUUUUGCAUUCACUCUUUGGACAAAAUAUUUGAAUAUGUUAUUGCCUUAUGGAAAUGAU